GUGGGUGCAGGACAGCGAGCAAAGCAAAGGCUGGCGACCACCCCAUCUUGUGUGGUUCUGGGUGUAGCGGCAGAGAAUGAGGGCACAGACGACGACGGACCAUGGCAGCAAGUAGUCCCCAGUUAGCAAGCGACAAAGCUCUAUGGCAAUGGCGAGUUGGAUGUACCGAUGUUUGUCUUUCAAUCCAGGGCGGGCAAAAAGGAGGUCAAGGUGGAGUUGCUAACCUCGGCCUUCUGCCCAGUUUGUCCCAUCGACGCCGGUCACCAUCUCCUGUAAUUGCACCCAAAUUUGUGUCACUCUCAAUUGCCGCCGCCGCCGCCGACCUACACGGCUGCGCCGCUGCCUCGCCGCUGCUAGUGGCGGCGCCGUGCGACGCCGACGAGUACCAGGUGGUGGUGUUCUUGCAUGGAUACCUCGCCAGUAAUUCCUUCGAGUCGCAGCUGUUCGAGCAUGUUGCGUCUCACGGCUUCGUCGUCGUUGGCCCCCGGUUUCUCACUCCAUAUUAGACAGCAGAAGAAGCUAGUUGAAUGAGGUGGUUCAAUGCAAGCUGAAAGAGAAUGCAGAUGCUACCAGUAGCUCAAAAUAAUUUAGUUGAUUAGAAGAAAUUCAGUUGUAUUUCCCAGUUAACUAGCUAAUUUAGUGCUACUGUACCAGCCUUCAGAACAUGCAUGUUACUUGAGAUGGUAAUGCUGAUUGCUGAUGCUAUUCACUAAAAGAGACUUGAAUGGAUAAGCCAACAAAAUCGUUUGUAUUGUGUUCUGUCAACAUGCUUUUACCAGUUUACAGGAUUCAGACGAUUGAACAAUCAAUCCAUUGUUUACUGGUU